GUGGCCACUCCAACCAUCACCGCUAAUUUGCUUCAAAAUGGGUACCUGGACCACCAAUGGUUUGUGCCUUGUCUCCUGCGGGCGAGCUCGGCGGACCGAGAGAGUCGACACUUGACCCUUCUGCGCAUCUCACUUUUUCAAUCUGGCCUGACUUAACGGAGGAUGAGAGUCGUACACUCUCCCAGUCUCCUUGUUUUUCUCGAGAAUUCAUUGGGAGUACAUCAAGUCAUACCUCAUCGGAGACCUUCAGUCCAUAACAAUUCACUGCCGUGGUUACCGGCGAAACAUGGCUCCUACCUGCGAGCAUGAAGGCACCUAUGCUGUCCUUACAAUUUCUAUGUUGGCGCUGGUUAGGACGCGAUCGCUUUGCGCUGAUGGGAAUGUACAGCUGGAAGUGGGAGUUUCGCGUGGCUCGCUCCUUCGGAAGAUGCAUACUCAGGUCGGAUGUUAACUUGGAUUGCCUACUGCAUACCAUCCCUGCGGCCCUGGUUUGGCGGAUAUCACAACGUUCGCCUACUUUGAAAUUGUUCAGUUCCGGGCUCCACGAUGCCCCGGGUGCUUUGCACAUCUCGUUCACCGACGAAUGCCCGGUUGAACUGAAUCUUGUUUAUAAUUGCGUCCCUGAUUUCUACGAAUAUGCAGAACCACGCCCUGAUGUUACGCCGCUCGACACUGAUCCUCAUGUAGUCUCCACAUCGGAGAAGUUAAAGGAAAGUCAGGGCUGGAAUACAAUCUUGGCACAGCGUGUAGGGCACGAGGCUGGAGUGCCAGUUCCAUACCUCAGUCAUAUUGCCCUGACUGCAAUCAGCACGACUUGCUGGUAUUAUACUCUGAACUAAACCGCGAGCCCCGGAGGCAUGUACAUAGACGUCAGGAUUACUUCUUGGCAGUGGUGAGCUGCGGGAGGGCGUUUUAAGUCAUUGCAUAGCCGGCUUUGCGCAGAGAGGCUGUGGCCACGGCGCAGUUGACACCACUCCGACCAUGGAGGCUUCCUUAUGCAUGAACACAAUUUCUUAUACAAGCACCGUCCGACAAGCAGUUUGAAAGAUUGCCG